ACUUCCUGUGACGUAACAAUUCAGACUGUACGCACUACGUUGUUUGUACGCUGUCUUAAAAUUAGCUAACGAUAACUAGUUAGCUAGCUAACUGGUUACAAUUUAGUGACGUUCACACAGUCUUAAAUGUCUAGUUAUAUACUGUGUGCUUUAAAUACUUAAACUCUGAUUCUCAAGUACAAAAGGUGCCUUCCGUUUUUGAUUCAGUCGUUGUUCGUCGUAGAAGGAUCGCCAUUAGCCGUUAGCCUAGGAGGCUAACAGGGUCCACAAUGGAGGGCAGCGCCAGCCUGAGGAAAUCGCUGUUCGCCACUCUCGUCCCUGCAUCGGUCACAACAGUGGCUCUCCUACAACAACAUGAGGAGAAUGACAAAGGGAAGCUGAAGAGAAAGGUUCUCGAUGAAGAGGAGUACAUUGAGAGUUUAGAGAAGAUCAUCCAGAGGGACUUCUUCCCAGAUGUGACUAAACUGCAAGCGCAGAAGGACUAUCUUGAAGCUGAGGAAACCGGUGACCUGGGGAGAAUGAGAGAAAUAUCCAUCCGAUAUGGAUCAUCUUUGACUAAAUCUACACCGAGGUCUUCUGCACCCUAUGUGACACCAGCUAGCUUUGAGACACCAGUGGGCCGCUCAGGGUCUCCCUCCUCCAUUCACGGCAAUAAAGGUUUAGAUGGGGAGAGCAAGGAUGAUGACAAGCAAGAGAGAGAGCUGCCCUGUCUGGAUCAUUUCCUUGCUAAAAAUACCAGUGAGGAUAAUGCAUCAUUUGAGCACAUAAUGGAUCUGGCAGAAGACAAGGAGAAGCUGAAGCAUUCCUGGUUAUAUGAGGCUGAGGCUGAAUUCAAACAGCGCCACGAGGAGAACCUUGCCUUACCAUCAGUAGAGAAAGCAGCACUUGAAUGUGUCAAAGCUGGACUUGAGACAUGGGAGUACAAAGCAAAGAAUGCCUUGAUGUAUUAUCCAGAGGGUGUUAAAGACGAUACUUUAUUUAAGAAGCCACGGGAGGUAAUUCACAAGAACACUCGCUUUGCUGGAGACCCAUUCAGCAAGGCUCUCAACAAAAGCCAGAUUCAGCAGGCUGCGGCCCUCAAUGCACAGUUCAAACAGGGUAAAGUAGGCCCUGAUGGGAAAGAGCUCAUCCCACACGAAUCCCCAACAGUGAAUGGAUAUGGUUUUGAAACAAUGCCUUCCCCUGCACCUGGUGUAUCUGAGUCGCCUCUGAUGACUUGGGGUGAGAUCGAGAGCACCCCAUUUCGUCUGGAUGGAUCAGACAGUCCAUAUACUGAGAGGAAUCAUGGUCCAUCAUUUAAGAUUCCAGAACCAGGAAGACGAGAGAGGCUGGGUUUAAAGAUGGCCAACGAAGCUGCCGCUAAAAACCGUGCAAAGAAACAGGAGGCAUUGCGAAAGGUCACAGAGAACCUUGCAAGUCUUACGCCUAAAGGUCUGAGCCCAGCCCUCACCCCGGCCCUGCAGAGACUCGUAAAUCGGACGUCUAGCAAAUACACGGACAAAGCACUACGAGCAAGUUACACCCCAUCGCCCUCACAUAGAGUCUGCAAGUCUCCCUUCGGUGGCCCAUCCACUCCCUCAGGAACGCCAACACCAAACAAAGCCAAGACGCCAAGCUCUCAGGACCUUACAUCACUCACAGACAAUCUGCUGCAACUUCCCAAGAGACGGAAAGCCUCUGACUUUUUCUAAGUAAGAGAAGCUGUACUCUGCUGGGAUUGUACAAAACAGACUCAUUAUAAUGUGGAGAACUUGAUUAUAAACUCUCCAGACCCAGUUCUCUCAAAUUAAAGAGCACAUCUUUCAGCUGGAUGACUGGAUAAAGAAACGUACUGAAGAAUUUUUAAGGAUUUAUUUGUUACAUUUUUGCACAGAUGGGUUCAUGUAAAGCCCUGUGAAAUACAUCUUAGUGUCCAAAUUCUAUUUAAUUACUUGUUUAUCUUGUUAUUUUUGUACAGCUGUCUCCACUCUAACAAACUCUGCCACACAGCCACCUACCCAGCAGCACAUGCCUAUUAAUCCCACAUACAAAUUAGAUUUCAACGCACAGCAUCCAAUUGCUAUCGACCAGCUCUCCAUACAUGCUGCCAUGACAUUUCAGUGCUUGUCUCUGCAUCAUAGAAAUGACUCAGAGUGACAUGUUUUGUUACCUUACGACAGGUUUCCCCAAUGUCACACUUUUGUGUUGGUGUUAAAAAUGGGAAUAAAAACACUGGGCUUCAGUUAGACGGCUAACUGACUGUCAGUGUAAACGAUGA